AUGAGUUCCUCCAAUUUCGAUAUCUCUACGGCAAGAAGCAAGUUCCCUGCUUUGAACCAACCCCAAGUCUUCUUCGAUAACGCAGGCGGAAGUCAAACACUUGGGACAGUCAUUGAAUCUGUCACCAAUUACCUCUCCAAGACCAAUGUCCAAUUAGGAGCAACUUACGCUGUAGGCAAGAAGUCCACUUCUCUAUACUCGGCGGGAUAUGCAGCUGCAGCCAAGUACAUCAAUGCUUCUGAAGAAAACAUUGUACUUGGCUCCUCAACCACCCAACUCUUCCGCAACCUCUCCUGGGCGCUAUCCUUCCCCGCAGGCUCCGAAGUGAUCGUCUCAAAAAUUGAUCAUGAAGCCAACAUCGCCUCCUGGGUGUCCCUGGCCUCCCACCAAAAUCUGACCAUAAAAUGGUGGCUCCCUAAAACCAAGAUCAACCCAAAACUCGAAGCAUCCGACCUCAAAGACCUCCUCUCAUCGAAGACGGUACUGGUCACGUGUACACACGCUUCUAAUAUCCUGGGCACGAUUCAUGAUAUCAAGGCUAUUGCCGAGGCGGUGCAUAGUGUUCCUGGUGCGUUGCUUUGCGUAGAUGCUGUAGCGUACGCGCCGCAUCGUCAGGUUGAUGUGACGGAGCUUGGUGUAGACCUGUAUUGUUUUUCGUGGUAUAAAGUCUACGGCCCACACAUCUCAAUGCUCUACGCGUCCCCAAAUGCUCUCAAGCAAGCCCAGUCCCUAGGCCACCACUUCAACCCCUCAUCCACGCUAGAAGAUAAAUUGGGGUUGGCAGGCAGCUGCUACGAACUCACGGCCUCUAUCCCCUCUGUCAUCUCCUACUUCGGUCCCGAUCCCUCUGCCUCUUGGGCUGCAAUUGAGAAACAUGAGUUCGACUUACAAAGCACCUUACUCACCUACCUGAACGCAAGACCAGAUGUAACGAUUUGCGGCGAGAAGGACCCGGAUACUAAGAAAAGGGUAAGCACGAUUAGUUUUGUGGUCGAGGGGAAGAAGAGUCGAGAUAUUGUGGAGAAGGUGGAUGAGAUCAGUAAGGGGGAGAUGGGGAUUCGCUGGGGUGCGUUCUAUAGUAAUCGGUUGGUGGAGGAGGUGUUGGGGUUAGGGAAGGAUGGGGUGGUUAGGGUGAGCAUGGUGCAUUAUAAUACAUUGGAUGAGGUUAAGCAGCUGGUUGGGUAUUUUGAUCAAGUACUUGGAAAGGCACAGAAGUACUAG